GGCCAGUGUGGGCUAGUGCGUGAGGGCGCGGGGGGCCGUGUCAGCGAGACGCAGAGCGCAGCCGCCACCGCCAAACGGACAUGUUGGAGCCCAGCGCCACCGCCGCCUCCUUUUCCUCAUUCUCCGAACGGGACUGAGAAGGGGCCCGCCACCCUCCGCCUCUGCCGCCCGCCCCGCCGCCUCGGCCGCAGCCUCUUCCUGCCCGGCCUCUAGCUCCGCCGCUCGUCGCUUCCCACCGCCCCUCAGUCCCGGCCGGUUCCCCGGCCCCGCUCCGCCGCGGCGCGAGGUCUAUGUGACCGGCGGGCCCGGAGCAGCCGCCGCCGCAGCGCGAACAUGGACGCCGUCAACGCCUUCAACCAGGAGCUCUUUUCACUUAUGGAUAUGAAACCUCCCAUCUCUCGAGCCAAGAUGAUUCUUAUCACUAAAGCUGCUAUUAAAGCUAUUAAGCUUUAUAAGCAUGUAGUUCAAAUAGUAGAAAAGUUCAUCAAAAAGUGUAAACCAGAGUACAAGGUUCCAGGAUUAUAUGUAAUUGACUCAAUUGUGCGACAGUCUCGUCAUCAGUUUGGAACUGAUAAAGAUGUUUUUGGGCCAAGAUUCUCUAAAAACAUAACCGCCACAUUCCAAUAUUUAUAUCUUUGUCCAUCUGAAGAUAAGAGUAAAAUAGUUCGUGUGCUGAACCUUUGGCAAAAAAAUGGAGUAUUCAAAAUUGAAAUUAUUCAGCCUCUUUUGGACAUGGCUGCAGGAACCAGUAAUGCCGCCCCAGUAGCAGAAAAUGUUACUAAUAAUGAAGGUUCACCUCCACCUCCAGUUAAAGUUUCUUCUGAACCGCCCCAAGCCACUACAAACUCUGUACCAACUGUACCACAGCUGCCUAGCUCUGACGCUUUUGCUGCUGUGGCCCAACUGUUUCAGACAACUCAAGGUCAACAGCUUCAGCAGAUCCUUCAGACUUUUCAACAGCCUCCAAAACCGCAGUCGCCAGCCAUUGACAAUGCCGUGAUGGCUCAGGUCCAGGCUAUCACAGCUCAGUUAAAGACAGCUCCUGCACAGCCACCUGAACAAAAAGCUGUUUUCCCCCCACCUGAGCAAAAAACUGCAUUUGACAAGAAGCUACUCGAUAGAUUUGAUUAUGAUGAUGAGCCAGAGGCUGUGGAAGAAUCAAAGAAAGAAGAUGGCGCCACUGCUGCCGCCGCUGCACCUGCCAUGGCUGUUGCACCUCCCGCGCCCUCCGCGACCACGCCGGCCCCCGCACCUGCCACUUCCCCUCCACAGGCACCCUUUGGGUUUCCUGGAGAUGGCAUGCAGCAGCCGGCAUACACACAGCAUCAAACUAUGGAUCAGUUUCAGCCUCGAAUGAUGACGAUACAGCAGGACCCAGUGCAUCAUCAGGUUCCACUUCCUCCUAAUGGACAGAUGCCAGGAUUUGGCCUUCUUCCUACACCUCCAUUUCCUCCCAUGGCUCAGUCUGUGAUUCCUCCAACUCCACCUGUGCAGCAGCCUUUCCAAGCUUCUUUUCAGGCACAGAAUGAACCACUAACACAGAAGGCACAUCAGGAAAUGGAAGUCGAACAGCCUUGUAUUCAAGAGGUUAAGCGGCACAUGUCUGAUAACAGAAAGUCAAGAUCUAGGUCAGCAUCCAGGUCACCAAAAAGAAGGCGAUCUCGAUCUGGCUCUAGAUCUCGAAGGUCCCGCCAUCGACGUUCUCGAUCCCGGUCCAGAGAUAGACGCCGACAUUCUCCUAGAUCUCGGUCCCAAGAAAGGCGAGACAGAGAAAAAGAAAGAGAACGCCGACAAAAAGGCCUUCCUCAAAUCAAACCAGAAACUGCGAGUGUUUGUAGUACUACACUCUGGGUGGGACAGCUGGACAAAAGGACUACUCAACAAGAUGUUGCCAGUCUCUUAGAAGAGUUCGGUCCAAUUGAAUCAAUUAAUAUGAUUCCUCCCAGAGGUUGUGCCUAUAUUGUUAUGGUUCACAGGCAAGAUGCCUAUCGUGCCCUGCAGAAACUGAGCCGAGGGAACUAUAAAGUAAACCAGAAAUCCAUAAAGAUUGCCUGGGCUUUAAACAAAGGAAUAAAGGCAGAUUACAAGCAGUAUUGGGAUGUAGAACUGGGUGUUACUUAUAUUCCGUGGGACAAAGUCAAGCCUGAAGAACUGGAGAGUUUUUGUGAAGGAGGAAUGUUGGACAGUGAUACACUUAAUCCAGAUUGGAAAGGAAUCCCCAAGAAGCAUGAAAAUGAAGUUGCCCAAAAUGGGGGGGCAGAAACCUCACAUACAGAACCAGUAUCACCCAUACCUAAACCUUUACCAGUGCCUGUCCCUCCUAUUCCUGUCCCCGCACCUAUAACAGUGCCACCUCCACAGGUCCCGCCACAUCAGCCGGGUCCUCCUGUAGUUGGUGCUCUCCAGCCACCCACUUUCACGCCUCCCUUGGGCAUUCCCCCUCCGGGUUUUGGUCCUGGUGUUCCUCCUCCACCACCUCCUCCACCAUUUUUGCGCCCAGGAUUUAAUCCGAUGCAUUUACCACCAGGUUUUCUUCCUCCUGGACCCCCACCUCCUAUAACUCCACCAGUAUCCAUUCCUCCUCCUCACACUCCUCCAAUAAGCAUCCCAAACUCUACUAUCGCUGGUAUAAAUGAAGACACUACAAAAGACUUAUCUAUUGGAAAUCCCAUUCCAACAGUGGUGUCUGGGGCUAGAGGAAACGCCGAGUCUGGUGACAGUGUGAAAAUGUAUGGCUCUGCCGUGCCACCUGCCGCACCCACGAAUCUGCCCACCCCUCCUGUAACCCAGCCUGUUUCACUUCUUGGUACUCAAGGAGUUGCACCUGGUCCUGUAAUUGGGCUCCAGGCACCAUCCACUGGUCUUCUCGGUGCCCGACCUGGCCUGAUCCCACUUCAGCGCCCUCCAGGAAUGCCUCCACCUCACUUACAGAGGUUCCCUUUGAUGCCACCUCGUCCCAUGCCGCCGCAUAUGAUGCACAGAGGUCCCCCUCCAGGCCCCGGGGGCUUUGGAAUGCCGCCACCUCAUGGAAUGAAAGGCCCCUUUCCACCACAUGGCCCCUUUGUUCGGCCUGGCGGAAUGCCAGGGCUCGGGGGCCCAGGACCAGGCCCAGGGGGUCCUGAAGACAGAGACGGAAGGCAGCAGCAACCCCAGCCGCAGCAGCCCCCACCGCCGCAGCCGCAGCCCCAGCAGCCUCCACCCACGCAGCAGCAGCAGCAGCCGCCGCCGCCAGCACAGCAACAACCACAGCCGUUUAGAAAUGAUAACAGGCAGCAGUUCAAUUCAGGUAGAGACCAAGAGAGGUUUGGAAGAAGAUCUUUUGGAAAUAGGGUGGAAAAUGACCGGGAACGGUAUGGGAGCCGUAAUGAUGAUAGAGAUAAUAGUAACCGUGAAAGGAGAGAGUGGGGAAGAAGGAGCCCUGACCGGGACAGGCACAGAGACUUGGAAGAGAGAAAUAGACGCUCUAGUGGGCAUCGAGACAGAGAGAGAGAUUCUAGAGAUAGAGAGUCUCGUAGAGAUAAGGAAGAAAACCGAGGAAAGGAGAAGCCCGAGGUGACAGACAGGGCAGGUGGUAACAAAACCGUUGAACCUCCCAUUAGUCAAGUGGGAACCGUAGACACUGUUUCAGAACUUGGUAAGGGGGAGUCUGAGUCUGCCGUUGUAAAACCAUCUGAAGAGCUACCUGCUGAGGCUACCUCAUCCGUUGAACCCGAAAAGGAUUCUGGCUCAGCAGCAGAGGCUCCUCGUUAGAGACUGGCAUUUGUCGAAUGUGACCAUGACACUUCCGGAGUGUAGAGCUUGAGGUGUACAGAUGCUGUAUUAUAUUGCUCCUGCUAUACCGCAGCCCCGCAGUAGUUGGUGGGGAAUUGUAAGCAAUUUGAUUGCUUCCCUUCUAUUUAAAAAUAGCCACAAAAUAACAAAAAAUACUGAAAAUAUGAAUAAAUAUUACCCUUUUUGCUGUAACUUUUUAAAAGUUUUGACUUUAAAAAGUUUACAAAUCGUAAUUAGAAGUGCUCUCUAUUUUUUUUUUUAAUUUAAGACAAGGUAACGGUGAAAGCUCCUCAAAACAAUAGGGAUGUUUUUAAUAAACUCUAUUUUCAUAACAAACUUUAAUGUGUGCUAUUCUUCCUACACUGCAUUAAGGUGGAAAAGGAUUGUUCACCAUCAAAGUUUGAGCUGUUAAUACUGUAUUGGAGUCUAAAUUAGACUUGUUUAUUUGAUGGAAAUAGACAUCUUUAUGUAGUUAUUCUCACUUUCAUUUGUAUACUAUUUUUGAAUUUUAACAUUUCAAUCAUAAGGUGUAAAGGGUUAGUUGUGUUCAUGUUAAUUGAAAAGCUUGUUAGUUUUGCAGUUCAAUCAAGGUUUUCUUUUUUGCCAUUGGCUUUGUGGUAAAUGUUGCCCUAAUUAACUUGUAAAGAGAAAUUUUGCUGGGGGAAAAACUGGAUCCCAAAGACCCGAUUGUACUAUAGAAUUAUCUGAUUGCCUGGGUAUUACUUACUAGAAAUUAAGUUUGAGUGUUUCCUUACCAUCCCAUUAAAUUUUUCAGAAGGGUGAAAAAAAUCAAGGUUAACAUUUGCAACCUAAAAGCUUUCUGUCUUCUCUGUUUAAGGACUUAAAUGCAACCUAUUGUUUCCUUAUAAGCCUUGCCUGUUGCCUUUCUUUACCAUUUGUUAAACUCCCCUGCUGGGCAGAGGUAGACUGAACUUUUUGUCACAUAUAAGAACAUAUAAAGUAUUUUCUCUUUUGCUUAAAAUUGUUGGGAUAACUAGAAAAGUACAUGUAGUUUAUCCAGGAAAUACUACGUGGAGACGUCCAAAGCCAAAUCAAACCUGUAUCUAAAAGAAUACAGAAAAGCGGUUCCAUAAAACUGCUUUUCCCCAGUGCCAAGGAAGAGACCUGUUGUUACACAGUCCCAAGUGUUUAUGGCCUUGUUGAGGCUUUUUUCCCUUAAAUUACCUUUUAAACUGUUCUAGUUUUAGUGUGCUGAG